AUGUCAGAUAAUGCGUUAACAUUUAAAGCUGCUUCAAUCGAAAUUUCACGACUUUGCAAUUCUAGAAAAGUUAAAGAAAAUAUUCAGAAUUAUGGCAUUGAAUGGAAAUUCAUCCCAAAUAGAGCUCCAUGGUUCGGGGGCAUGUGGGAAAGAAUGAUUGGGUUAACAAAAACAUCACUGAAGAAAGUAUUAGGACGUGCACAUGUCAACGAUGAGACUCUAAGGACGCUAUUAACAGAGAUCGAAGCAACACUCAACGAUCGAUCAGUGACGUAUAUUUCAACAGAUAUCAGAGAUCCGGAGCCGCUUACACCAUCCCAUCUUAUACAUGGACGAAUAAUAACAACUUUACCGUAUGUAUCGUCAAAUAGUGCUAUUGACAAUCUAAAUGUUUGUGAAUUAACACACACAAACUUGAACAAUCAAACGAUACGACAAAGACAAUUGAUUGAGAAUUUCUGA